UGCUCUACCUGUGACAUGGGAUAUAAGGAUCAAGACUCACCACCACGAGUCACACAAGCCACCAUGUUGAAGGCACUCGUAACUGCUGCCCUCGUGGCUCUUGUCGCAGCCGACGGCAUUCCAGACUUCGUAGCUCCUGGAAGUUGUGCCAAAGUGGCAAAUCAAGAUAACUUCGACCUUCGCAGAUAUGCUGGACGUUGGUAUCAGAUCCAGAUAAUCGACAACCCCUAUCAACCAUUCACUCGCUGCAUCCACUCCAACUACGACUACUCUGACUCUGACUACAGCUUCAAGGUGACCACAGCUGGAUUCAGCCCCAACAACGAGUACCUCAGACUACAGGGCAAGAUCUACCCCACAAAGGACUUUCCUGCUGCCCACAUGCUCAUUGAUUUCCCUUCUGCUUUCGCCGCUCCCUAUGAAGUGAUCGAGACUGACUACGACAGCUACUCCUGUGUGUAUUCCUGCAUUGGCACAGACAAGUACAAGUCCGAGUUCGGCUUCGUCUUCUCCCGAACUCCUCAGAAUUCCGGUCCAGCGAUUGACAGGUGCGCCUCCGUCUUCCGCAGGAACGGCGUCGACUUCUCGUCUUUCAAUGUAGUUCCUCAUACAGCCGAAUGUGUUUACAGGGCAUAGACAUAGACCAAAGAUUUGCACAAUAAUAAUAUAAAGCUGCGA